UGCCGUCUUCGCUCUCGUUUCGGGGAUGGUGAGUUUGCUGGGCGUCGAUGGGAUAUUAUCUGUAUGAGGUGAUCACAUUUGCUUCAUAAUCUUCAAGAAAAUCUUGAAAAAGAAGACACCUGACUCUUAUUUCCCCUGAUUUUCAAAGCUUAUUUUCUUCGAUUACAUACUUUUCGUUCCUAAGUCGAUUUCAAACAUUUAUUAGUUGUUUCUCAGCUCUUUGAGCCAUUUAAGUUGCACUAAUUCGAGCUAGAAGUGGGGUUGACACAUCAAAACCUCCAUGUGAUCGAAUCCAUGAGGGGUCAAAUUGUUGUGGGUUCAAUUUUAUGAUGCUUUCAAAUGUACACUCCUGACCGCAAGUAAUCGUGUUGAAGCAGAAAAAGAUAUGAUGGGGUCUUCGUUGCGGCAUUUCAUCAAACAACGGCAGUGCGACAAGACCCUCCUUCAUUCGCUUCUCAUUUCUCCCUUGUCCAUUAGACCUCUCUCAUCGUCGUCAGAAACAGCGAAACCUGAUGGAUUAUAUGCUUCGUUUUUCUGCACAUUAAUCCACCUUUUCCUCUCCCAUAACCGGCUCUCUAAAGCUGCAAACGCCUUCAGUGCCAUGCGAAAUUACAAUUUUGUUCCUGAAAGUGUACCUUCUUGGAACCGCCUGCUUCGAGAAUUCAACAACUCCGGGAUGGUUUCUGAGGUAUGGUUUGUUUAUACGGAGAUGAUCUCUUGUGGUGUUAGUCCCAAUGUUACAACUCGUAAUAUAGUACUUCAUUCUUUAUGUAAAGUGGGUAGAGUCGGAUUAGCCUUAGAUUUACUACGGGAUACAAGUUUUGGUGAAAGUGAUGUUGUUAGUUAUAAUACUGUGAUAUGGGGAUUUUGUAAAUAUGGGUUUGUUGAACAGGGAUUUGGAGUAUGUUCUGAGAUGAUAAAAAAGGGGUUUACUUUUGAUGAUUAUACUUGUAAUAUCUUGGUUAAGGGUUUUAUCGAUACAGGUUUGUUAGGAUAUCUGGAGUCGAUUCUUGAUCAGUUUGGUUAUAAAGGAGUGGGUUAUGUGGAUGUAGUUGGUUUUAAUACUUUGAUUCAUGGGUAUUUUGAAGCUGGCAAUGCUAAUGCUGCACUUGAGUUGUUCAAUAGGAUGAGGAAAGAAGAAUCCUUUCCAGAUAUUAUUACUUAUAAUACUUUGAUCAACAUGUUCUGCAAGAUGAUGAACUUUGCUCAGGCAAAGAGUAUUUUUGACGAGCUUAUGCUGCCACAAAAAAAUGGUGGGUCUGAUCUUGAAGUUUCCAUUGAUUCUAAUGAUGAUAUUGGAAAAGAUGAUUAUGUUGAUAUGAAGCCAAAUGUUAUCACAUAUACUGCACUUAUUAGUGGGUGCUGUAAGCAGCAAGGACUUGAGGAAGCACUUACUAUGUAUGAGAAAAUGCUGAUGGAUGGGAUCGCACCUGAUGUAGUCACUUACAAUUCCCUUAUAUAUGGCCUUUGCAAGCAUGGCAGAAUUGAUGAUGCUCAAGCACUUUUCAAGGAAAUGAAGAGGGUUGGUGUAGACCCUAAUCAUAUAACAUACUCAUUGUUUCUAGAUUUGUUCUUUAAAACAAAGAAUGCAGAAGUUGCCCAUGGUCUCCAGAGUCAAAUGGUAGUACGUGGAAUUUCAUUUGAUGUGGUUGUAUUCACCACUUUGAUGGAUGGGUUAUUUAAGAGUGGAAGGUCUAGUGAAGCUGAGAUGAUGUUUAGGAGUCUACUAGCUUCUGGUCAGGUUCCAAACUGUAUCACUUAUUCUGCAUUGAUUGAUGGACGUUGCAAGUCAGGAUAUUUGGAUGACGUGGAAUCUGCACUUCAAGAAAUGGAGUGUAAAAAUGUCUCUCCAAAUGUCAUUACGUACACUUCUCUGAUCAACGGUUUUCUUAAAUUUGGAAUGCUUGAUGCAGCUCUUGGUAUCUUCAAAAAGAUGGUGGGUCAGAGAGUCAUGCCAAAUAUUUUCACUUACAGUAGCUUAAUUGAUGGCUAUUUUAAGGCUAGGAAACACGAAGUGGCUAUUAGCUUUUAUGAGGAAAUGAAGUUGAGUGGGUUGGAGGAAAACAAAUUUGUACUUGAUGCUUUUCUCAAUGAUUAUAAAAGGAAAGGGAGGAUGGACGAGGCUGGUUCCUUUUUCGAAAAGAUGAUAUCCCAGGGAGUGUUGCCUGACUCUGCUAAUUAUACAUCGCUAAUGGAUGGGUAUUUUAAAGCAGGCGAGGAAUCAGCUGCUCUUAGAAUGGCCCAAGAGAUGACUCAGAAAAAUUUGCAGUUCGAUGCUGUUGCUUAUAAUGUCCUAGUAAAUGGACUUUUGGGGCUGGGGAAAUAUGAAGUGCAGUCUGUUUAUACCGGAAUAAAAGAACUUGGUUUGGCACCAAACCUUGAGACAUAUAACACAAUCAUUGCUGCUUAUUGCAGAGAGGGUAAACUGGAAAAUGCUCUAAACUUAUGGAAAGAGAUUAAGAGCCUUGGGUUAGUGCCUAAUGAAAUCACCUCCAAUGCCAUUGUUGGUGGACUCUGUACAAAAGGGAAUAUUGAUGAAGCCAUGGAUCUGUUGAAUGAAAUGGCAAGUUUAGGGUUUCACCCCAGCUCCACUAUGCACAAACUAGUGGUUGAUGCAGCUUCAAAAAGUAAAAGGGGGGAGAACAUUUUGUUAGUGCACGAGCGUCUUGUAGCUAUGGGUCUUAAAUUGACCCAGAAAGUCUAUAAUACUCUUAUCGCCACCUUAUGCAGGCUUGGUAUGACUAGGAAAGCAACAUCAGCAUUACAGGAUAUGAAAAAUAGCGGCCUUUCUGCUGAUACUGUUACUUACAAUGCCUUAAUUCAUGGAUAUUGCACGAGCUCCCAUUUAAAAAGGGCUCUUCAUACAUUUUCACAGAUGUUGGUUGAAGGAGUUUCUCCUACUAUUUCAACUUAUCAUACUCUUCUUAGGGGUCUUUCCAAGGCUGGUCUGAUGCAUGAGGCAGUAAAAUUAUUAAAUGAUAUGUUGGAAAGAGGUUUUGACAUUGAUUCCGAUGUAUAUAACAUUUUUGUUUCUGGGCAUGGCAGGAUUGGGAAUAAGAAGGAAGCAAUCAGGCUUUAUUGUGAAAUGAUAUCCAAAGGCUUUGUUCCUCAAACUAGUACUUAUAAUGUGCUUAUUAGUGAGUUUGCCAAGGUAGGAAUGAUGAGUCAAGCAAGAGAACUUAUGAAUGAGAUGCAAGUCAGAGGGGUUCCUCCUACUUCUUCGACCUAUGAUAUACUGAUAACUGGGUGGUGCAAACUAUCGAUGCGAGCAGAGCUGGAGAGGGCAUUGAGAACAUCGUAUGAGUCAAAAGCAAAAAUAUUGCUCAAUGAGAUGAACGAAAAAGGUUUUGAGCCAUGUGAAACUACCAUUAGAUAUGUUACCCUGGUUCUUAGGCGACAAAGAAAGAAGAAAAAGAGUUGACAGUUGUGAGAACCAGAUGUGAAGGAUGAGUAUCAUUUCAGUUGAAGAGAAGCUCCUCAAGUUGCAUGGAAACGUUGUCAAGGACACGGGGUCUUAUUUGUUGAUCAAAUUGUGGGACCAAAGCUCCAAAACAUCAAAAUAUCAGGUUUAAUUUGUCCCAUGGACAUCAUAUAAUAACGACUUCACUUGCCACAUGAUGUCAGGGGCGCAGAUGCUAAUGGACUGCAUACAAUGCGGUAUCUCUUCAUCCAAUUGUAAUAUGCUGUAAAGAAAGGUAAUCUCCUUGAUCGUGAUGGGGAAGAUGAACCAAAUGGCAAAGGAGCUCCUGAACUGAUGUUAUCAGCUUCUAUGCGGUCUGCCAUUGAGCAGGUAGGUACUUUCCAGAAUAGACAGGUUGAGUGUAUAUGCGAGAUCAUUGGUGCAUAUAUUUUUGAAAAACGUCAAAGUCAGAGUCUCCCAUGGUGAAAGAAAGUAACAAAGAUGCUGCUUGGGAAUCUCAUAUCCUGAUGUUUUUCUGAGCAAUGGAUAAAUAGUAUGUUUGUGAUGCACAUUGCCUUAUGAAAUCUUAUUUGUAUAAAGUGCUCAAUCAUUCAUCAAUCAAGUAUUCAUAUCAGUUGCCUUGUUUCUGUUGAUUUUGGUGUCUGCUGCUGAAGCUGAAAGCCCACAUAUGAUUUCUUAAAUCUUGUGUCCUCAUCUCACCAGGUGCAUCAAUCAAUAUGUUAUCUUCUUGUUACUAAAACAAAGUGGCAGUUUUUUCAAAUACUAGAUUGAUGAUGUCUGCUGUGGAUAUUGAAGUUGUAUAAAGAAAGACAAUGACAGCGAUGAUGACGAUUUCUUAGGUAUUGAAGAAGUAGCACGAAGCAAUCAGCUAGAUGUUAGAAGGCAAUUGGGAGAUGAUUCAAAUGGAUGAUGAAGUUAUGUUCAGGAUUGGAUUCU